ACGAGCUCAGUGUAGUGAAAAACGUGCCUGUUGAUAACUAGAGAAUGUGAAGUCACUCCACCAGUAGAUCUAGGUUUGCCCGGAGUUACUACGACCAUGCCCUGCUCACGAUGAAAACCACGUUGCAUCUCCUCCACUUCUGUAGGCUAAAUCCAGGCCACGUUACGAAAUUAAAUUCUUCAACGGAUUAACCAGAUUUAUUUUUUCAAUUUUUUUUCACGACGUGGCCAAAUUUUUUUCUUACACCCCCAUCGUAUUAUUCUCAAUUUGCCAGUUUGUGUUUUAAAAAGAAAAUUGGUUCCCACCCUUUGUGUGUGUUGCGUGCUUCUUCUGAGUUUGGAAUAUUCGGGAAUGUUGAGACUCGCGGAGGAUUACGGCUGUGGAUUAGAGUUUACACAUUCCGUCAGUUUCUCCACGAGCCCCUCCCAACCCUCCCGGCCAUGCAGUGGUUCUGCAGCCUCUGACGACCCUGCCGUAACGUCUUCAGCCUUCCUCCCCAAGGGAGUUCAGCUAAAGCUAAAGGCCAGAGGUGGUGGCGGGGGCGGGCCGGCGGAGAUGUGAGGCCGCCCCCAUGCCGGCUGUCUUGAAUCAGGUGAUGGAGACGAGCUACGGCCCCACGGCGGCCUCGCUGCCCAUGCCCGGGCAGGAACUGCUGGACAAUGGCAAGGUUGUGGACACCUCGCGACGUCUCUCACAGGACUCGUUUAUGGAGUACGCCCAACGCCACGUGCGUACGACCAACAGCAACAGCACCCAGGGGGGCGCGGCGGGGGCCAGCCGGCGAUGCGCCACCAACUUCAGCAAGCGGAUGCGGAGACGGCUCGUCUACAAGAACGGGGAGGUCAACAUCACUCAGACCAACAUCCGCAAGCGGCGCCGGCGCUACCUGGCCGAUAUUUUCACAACUCUCGUGGAUAUUAAGUGGAGGUACAACCUCAUGCUCUUCGCCAUGGCCUUCACCCUCAGCUGGCUGAUAUUCGCCCUCAUCUGGUGGCUCGUCUGUUUCUCCCACGGUGAUCUCGACCACCUCGACAAAACCGACUGGAAGCCGUGCGUCAAAGAAAUCAAAUCCUUCACUUCCGCUCUUCUGUUUUCUAUAGAAACCCAGCACACGAUAGGCUACGGUCACCGACACACGACCGAAGAGUGCCCGGAAGCCAUCGUCCUGAUGAUGUUCCAAUCGUGUUUCGGCGUCAUCUGCCAGGCGCUCAUGACCGGGAUUGUGUUUGCUAAACUGUCGCGGCCGAAGAAGCGCGCGGAGACGCUGAUGUUCAGCAAGAGCGCGUGUAUCUGCAAGCAGGACGGUGAUCUGUGUCUGCUGCUUCGUGUUGGAGACAUGCGGAAGUCCCAGAUCGUCGAGGCUCACAUCAGAGCGGUGCUGAUCAAGAAGAAGAUAACGAAAGAAGGCGACGUCCUGCCGUUGUACCAGUUCGAUGUUGAUCUUGGAUUCGGAGAAGGCAGGGACAGACUUUUUCUAGUGUGGCCGGUCAUCAUCGUUCACAAAAUCGACGAGGACAGCCCGUUUUGGGAGCUGUCGCCCGAGGACUUACACCGAGAGCAGUUCGAGUUGAUUGUUAUUCUCGAAGGCAUCGUAGAAAGCACGGGGAUGACGACCCAGGCUCGGAGCUCCUACCUCCCCGGGGAGGUUCUAUGGGGGCACCGCUUCGAAAGACUUGUUACAUUCCAAAAAGAAAACGGCCAGUACCAGAUCGAUUUUUCCCGAUUCCACAACACGAUACCUGUGGACACGCCCACCUGCAGUGCUAAAGAGCUGGCGGAGAUGACGGCCGCCGGGCAGACCCCGGAGCAGACUUUCUGCGGCUCCAGACCGGCGGAUGACGACGAUGACGAGGAGGACGACGAAGAAGAAGAGAACACGUCCCUCGCCUCCAAAUCUGACAG